GGAGGAGGCUCGGCGGGGGGAGGCGAGCCGUGCAGAACAGCGCUGCCUGCUUUUGUCCGUGCAUCUCCCCGCUGUCCGGCCAUGUCUUCGAGCGGCAGCCUGAGCACCAUGCAGCGGCUGGUGGAGCAGCUGAAGCUGGAGGCUGCCGUGGAGAGGAUCAAGGUCUCUCAGGCAGCUGCAGAACUCCAGCAGUACUGUAUGCAAAAUGCCUGCAAAGAUGCCUUGCUUGUUGGGGUUCCUGCAGGGAGCAAUCCCUUUCGAGAACCCCGAUCCUGCACUCUACUCUGAAAUCAGGGAAGGUCUUCAGAGAGUUGCCUUCAAGCAUGACAUGAUUAACAACUGCCUUUCUUUCACAAGAAGAGUCUUUCUCUCUCUGUCCUAACUUGUGUGGCUAAACCAAUUUCCUAAAUAUUUAUCUGUUUUCUUGUGUAUCCGAACUUCACUGUCUUUUGCUAAUGUUCAUAAAGUUUUCUAAUGUAACUGUUACUCUUUUCAGAAUUGUCACCAUUGUUGCUACACUGUGCUAACUAUACAAAUACUACUUGAGAAGUUUACAUUUUAGAAAAGACCUGGAUUUUUACUAAAUUACUAUCUUGAUAAACUGUUACACUGGAAUGAGAAUAGAAACUAUUUAGGAUUUGGUUGUUGUUUUUUUUUUCAAAAUAAAACAUUCAAAAAGUGAAUUAUUAAAGUAUAAAACUAAAUGCUGUUAGUACUCAAGUAAUGUUCUCAGCGGAAUUUUGCUUCUAUUAGUAAACUGGAACCAACUACAGUUCUUUUUCAAGUGCAUUUAAGUCCAUAAAUGACACAUAUUAGAAACUGCUGGACAUAGUGUCUAACACAGGCUUGGUUCCUAAGGCUUCUUUCUUACAAGACCUCUAAUCUGUAACACUCUCCUAAUUAGUUUUAGUAAAGGUGCUGUUGUGGUGGAAUAUCCUUGACAUGUACAAAUUGUGACCAAACAGACACUAAAAAUGUGUGAACACCCAAAGGUAGUUGUAUGUGUAAUUGUCAAGGUUUACAACAUGCAAAAAUACUAAAAUGUGCUUGGUCAUUUGCCUUCAUUUUUUUAUAGCACUUUUAAAAGGACAACUAACUUUUUUAAUAGGUUUGUAAUGUUGUCUACUUUCUAUUGUUUGUAUUAAUCUUUUCGAAGUUUGGAAAUAAAAUUCCUUUCCCUA